GCAUUCCUCUCUGCAUUUAUUUAAAACUGUUGUGGUUGCUAAGGAACAGCAGCGUGCAUGUGCACACUAAACUCUUAAAAAAAUGGCACAUUUUUCCGAGCAGGAUUUAUUGGGCGACUUGAAUUCGGAUGAUAGUAACGAUAGCUUUUUCGAAGAACCAAAACCAAUGUCAAGUGUUACGAAAACUCCCGAUAAAAAAGUACUUACGAAUCUCUUUGGGUUAAACGAUGAUAAACCAAAGAACAAAAAGGCCGAUUGGCUGGGGCUCGAAGCCGACGAAAGUGACCAUCCUAAAACUUCGAGGGAAAAGAAGAAAAUUAGUUUCGACGAUGAAGACGAUAUACUGAAUGAUUUGGGAAUCGAUAAGAAACAAGUUGUCGAUGUAUCUAAAGACAAGAAUCCCACUAGUGCUACGAAGAAAAGUUCCUUAAUGGAAAGCAUAUUUGGGCCACCGAAAUCUCCCCAGAAAGACUCCUUAGAUUUACUUAAGACUCCGGCAAAAACAGACUCUAGUCCUGUAAAAGCAGUCCCAAAGCCACCAAGUACCGGGUACGAUGCUGGUAGUGCAUCACGUGAAGGCCGCCGUUCUCGUCAUACCUCUGGAGGUACAAAAUCUCUCGACCCCUUAGGUUUAUUUGCAACGGACACUGAUCGGGAGAACUCAAUUAUGCCAAAGCAGGAGAAAGCUACAAAGUCUGAAGUAAAAAUUCAACCGACCAAGCCACACAGCGCACCUAACAUACAAAGUUUUCCCGAUUGGCUCGAAGGGUCACCUGUUAAAGUUCACAAAUCCGAUACAGUCACAUCCCGCCCGAAGAGCACUCCACAAAUGACCGAACAAAAAACAGAAACACCCAGCGUUGACCGGCCCGAAGAAACUCAGGACCUUCCUGGUGGCUCGACCUUUUCUACUUUACUGGCACAGCAAGGAUUGCUUUCUGCCCACCUCGGUUACCAGAACACCUCUUCGGCUCUCCAACAGCAAGAGUCACAAGUAUUAAUGGCAUUACAACUGAAAAAGUGCGAGGAAUACUUUGCUCAAACCCAAAAGAAGCAGUUGGAUAUUUUAAUGAAACAAGAACAGCAAUUUAGUGAAAUGCUCGGAAAGCAAUUUGCCAAACAACAAGUGAUGGAGAAUAAUAUGCGAAUGCAGCAGGAGAGAAUUAACAACAACAUCCAGUUGUUGCUAUCCCAACCGACAAUAAUUGGAAACGUGAGUGCCGAACAAGAAGAUGAAAUACAUCAGUUGAGAAAAGCAAAUUCCGAACAGAAUGCGAAGCUCUACGAGGACAUGAUCGAGAUGCUUAAGCAGAGACAGCACGAGGAGACCUUCCUCUUAAAUGAAUCUUACAAGACCAUGGUGUGAAGAAGCGAUAUCAUUCAUUGAAGCUAUUGGAGCGUUAAUUAAACUUAAAACCUACAACAGUCGUUCAACAUUGUUCUUAAAACAGAAGAUUAGUAUCGCUAUUCAAAGAGGGAAUGCAAGUUGUAUUAGGUAUGGGAACUUUCAACUCCUUCAAGCUAAAAGAAAUUUUUUAUUUACUCUGAAUAUUGUUAGUGUUGAAAUUAUUUGUGAAAUGUGUUUUAAAUUAAAAUAAAAGUAUAUUGGAUUAAACUAAAUUGGCAAAGAACCUUGUGAAGUCUAAAGAGUACACCGGUUACUCUUUCAAGAGGUUUGCUGCUACACUACUUUUAUAAGGCGGAGGAGAUUUACUUAAAUACUCAAAAAAAGCACGGAGGAUGGAAAUUUUAGAUCGUCGCAGACAGUUAUGUAGAAAAUUUAUCGAACAAGAAAAUUGGAGUUUCCAUUUUAAUAUUCUCAGUUCAAAAUACGAUUCGUAACACUACUACUAAAAACAAUGUCAUGGAAAAAUCAAACGUAGAAGUUAACAACUCGUUUCUGUGAUUAAAAUGUUGGUUCAAUAAAAAGUUACGGUCGUAGAAAAAGUACAGUGUGUGAAAUGUGCUUCACGCACUUUCUGCACAAUAUACUAUUUUGCAAGUGUAUUUACUUUUACAGUCAUAAAACUACAAUAUUUAUUACUUUUGGCCAUUGUAAAUAAACAAAAUGGCGGUCUUGUCCCACCAAUAGUAAUUACAAUGUGCCGCCACCAGAGGUCUCGCUGUUAAUAUGAGUCGUGAAUAAUUCUAGUUUGGGGACGCAACAUUUAUUAUUACUUUUUUACUUGGAAGUACCUAGAUUAGUAUCAUGAUUGUAUUGCCCUGAAUGUCUGUUUAACCAUUUAUUUCUGCCGAAAAUAAUAAAAAAAGUUUAAUUUUUUA